CGCCAUUUCCUGAAAGAGAAGGAAGAAGGAAGGCCGAAGCGAUGAAGAACUGCACAAGGAAGUCGUGGCGCCGACGACAGAAAGAGGGUGCUCUGAGCCCGGGAAAGCCAAAGCGAUCCUUGAUCGCUGCGUGAACUUUGGCGUGCCGCCGGAGGCCAGCGGGAGGGGAGACCUUCCCAGCUCUCGCUGCCUCGGCGAUACUGGAUUACAAGCGCUGGGCAGAGAGAGAAGGGACAGCCCAGCGUUUGGUAUGGUUCCUGAAUCUUCCACAUCAGGCUGCUUUCCUUGCAGUUCGCCUGCGUGCUUGUGCAGAGGGCUCUAGCAGCAAGCGUUGCAGUCUCUGGAGGGAGACCCUUGGUUAAGCAUAGCUUUGGGUCCCCCUCCCCUUCUUCGUUUUGCCAUCCGCCCCUUCUUCUUCCUCCCCCUCCUUCUCCUCUUUUUGGGGCGAGUAUUUGUGUGUUUUGUUGUAAAGCGAGGAGAGGCAACCGGGUUGGAGGUGUCGGAGAGGAUGGUGAAGAUGAUGAUGUGGAAGAGAUGGAGAUGAAGCAGAAUAUGCGGAUUCGGGGACUCCUGUUGCUGCUGCCGCCACUAUGGGCUUUGCUUCUCCGGGACAUCGCGGCUGUAACAGAGAAGGGAGGUUGCUUUCUUCUAGGCACAAAAGGUACUGGAAUGCCAAUCAAACUGAAGGUGUCCCAGGGGCAGCCUGUGAAACUGAACUGCAGCCUCGAAGGAAUGGAAGACCCAGAGAUGCUAUGGAUCAAGGAUGGAGCUGUGGUCCAGAGUGUGGACCAGGUGUACAUUCCAGUAGAUGAAGAGCACUGGAUUGGUUUCCUCAGCUUGAAGUCUGUAGAUCGAGCAGACUCGGGAAAGUACUGGUGCCAGAUUGAGACCAAGGACAAGAAGAAGGAAUCACAACAAGUGUGGCUCAUUGUGGAAGGUGUUCCCUACUUCACUAUUGAGCCUGAAGAUCUGUCUGUAGUACCUAAUACUCCCUUUCAUAUGGCCUGUGCUGCAGUUGGUCCACCUGAGCCAGUUACAAUUGUCUGGUGGAUGGGGGAUUCCAGAGUUGGGCUUCCUGACAUCUCCCCCUCAAUCCUCAAUGUGUCAGGUAUUAAUCAAAGCACAGUUUUCUCCUGUGAAGCCCACAACAUAAAGGGACUGUCUUCAUCUCGGACAGCCACUGUGCAAAUUAAAGCUGUCCCCUUUCCACCUCUCAACGUGACGGUAACCCAAAUCACCAGCAACAAUGCCAGUGUCACUUGGGUGCCUGGAUUUGAUGGCCUUUCCCCACUUCGUUCUUGUACAGUUCAGGUGGCUGAGCCACAAGAAGAAGAGCAGAUUUCCAUAGGAGUGGUUCCUGUCCCAUCCUUUUCCUGUGGUUUACCUGGAUUAAAGCACUCCACCAAUUAUAGUGCCCGGGUCCAAUGUACAAAUGAAAUAGGAAGCUCGUCUUUUACAGACUGGGUCUAUUUUCAGACCUUGGGUUUAGCUCCAAAUAGUACUCCACAAAAUGUACAUGCCAUCCAGAAAGAUUCUUGCUUGAUUUUGGAAUGGGAAACAGUGGCUUCAGAAAUGCUUGGAGAUUAUAUCAUGGGAUACAAGUUGGUAUGGAUUCAAGAUAACAUAACUCAGGGGGAGAUGGUAGUGCAGGAGACAAGUGCCAACCUUACUGUGUGGAAUCCCCUAAAAGACCUUAUCAUAAGAGUGUGCAUGUUCAACCUGGCUGGUUGUGGACCUUGGAGUGAGCCCUUACUGGUUACAGCCCAAGAUUUAAUAGGAGGACAGAGGCAGGCCCCUUAUGGUACAUCCUGGGUCCCUGUGGUUCUAGGAAUUCUUACUGCACUCGUUACAGCUGUUUCGUUGGCACUAAUCCUCCUACGGAAAAGAAGAAAAGAAACUCGUUUUGGUCAUGCUUUUGGCAGCGUGGUGGGAGGGGAUCCUGUGGUCCACUUCAGAGCAGUGAGAUCUUUCAACAGAGAAGGCCCAGAGCUUAUCGAAGCAACAUUGGAUAGUAUAGGAAUCAGUGAUGACUUGAAGACCAAACUGAAGGACGUCUUGAUCCAGGAGCAGCAGUUUACUUUGGGGAGAAUGCUAGGCAAGGGGGAAUUUGGGUCUGUAAGAGAAGGUCAGUUGAAACUGCCCAAUGGCUCUCUCCAGAAGGUUGCAGUGAAAAUGCUGAAAGCGGACAUAUUCACUUCAAGUGACAUUGAGGAAUUUCUGAAGGAAGCUGCCUGCAUGAAGGAGUUUAACCAUCCCCAUGUGACUAAACUGAUUGGAGUCAGCUUGCGCAAUCGGCCAAAAGGCCGGCUUCCGAUCCCGAUGGUUAUCCUGCCCUUCAUGAAGCACGGAGACCUUCACUCUUUUCUACUGAUGUCCAGAAUUGGAGAUAAUCCUUUUAACCUGCCUCUUCAGACGCUUUUAAAGUUUAUGAUCGAUAUUGCUAGUGGCAUGGAGUACCUGAGCUUCAAAAACUUUAUUCACAGAGACUUAGCUGCUCGGAACUGCAUGCUGGAUGAAAACAUGAAUGUGUGUGUUGCUGAUUUUGGCCUCUCGAAGAAAAUCUACAGUGGAGACUAUUACCGUCAGGGCUGUGCCUCUAAGCUGCCAGUGAAGUGGCUUGCACUAGAAAGCCUGGCGGACAAUCUCUACACAACUCACAGUGAUGUGUGGGCAUUUGGUGUGACUAUGUGGGAAAUUGUGACUCGAGGGCAAACUCCUUAUGCAGGCAUUGAGAAUGCAGAAAUUUACAACUACCUCAUCAGUGGAAACAGACUGAAACAACCACCAGAGUGCCUGGAAGAUGUCUACGAUCUCAUGUGCAGAUGUUGGCAUUCAGAACCCAAGCUACGCCCAAGCUUUGGAGCCCUGAAAUUACAACUGGAAAUGAUCCUGGCCAGACUGACGUUGCUCUCUUCCAGUCAGGAUCCUCUGUAUGUCAACAUCAGGAAGCCACAAGAAGCUUCUAGGAAUUUCCCAACAACUGACUGUCCCUUUGGAACCUUGGACAGUGAAGUGAACAUUGCAGGAGCAGCUGCUGCUGUCACUAGUGACUAUCGUUACAUCUUGAGCCCCUUGUGCCUUGGGAAUGAUGCCGAAAGAGAGGGACACCCAGAUGCAUCAGAAGGGGAGGCCAGGAGCCUUCUUUAUGGUUUGGAGAUGGGAUCAAAACCAUGUUAGUCUGAAAGAAAAAAAUGACAUUCUUCUCUUCUCCAAUAAGAUUUUUUUUCCCUCUGUGAUCACAUGCCACUGCUUAUACAAACAGUUGUAGGCCACUUUGAAGCAGUGUAGGUUCCUAUCAUUGGCUCCUUCUGUAGUCAGUAUUCUGUUUCUUGUAGGUCACCCUCCCCUUCCCAAACUCUGGGCAAACAAGAUUGGGGCCAGCAUAUCUGGACAUUAUUAUUUGGCAGGUAUUCAUAUUGAUUUGUAGUCUCCUUCAGGGCAUGAGGAGGGGAAAGCCUCCUUUAGCAGUACUGCCUAGACCUCUUGUCUACCUCAGUGGUUCUCAAACAAUGGGAUCUAUAUGGCUGCUUCUGUGCAGUGAAGAAACAUUCUGCCCUUUUCUUAAAGUGGUGUUCUGUAGACAAGCAUAGGCAUCCCUCAAGCCUUACUAAGCAGCUGAACAACAAAAUUCCAGCUGUCCAACACUCCACAGGGCCUGCAUAUUGAAUUUCUGUACUUGAGCUCUGACAUAGAAUCAGUUAUGAUCAAGGUUGCCAUUGAGAGCAAAACGAAGAAGGUGAUAAAUGCAGGUGGACAUUAACCAAGAUUCAAACAUUUUAAGAGAACAGUCCAGACAAAGCUGGCACUGUGUGGAUUCAACAGAUAUUAAAUUAUGCAAAGUUCUAUAUAACAAGACAGGAAAUGCAAAAUGCAUAUACAAAACAGAGGUCUAUAUAGUGAGUGUGUAGGAGGCAGCACUUUCAUGAAAAACAGAUUUCCCCCCCUUUUUUUGGGAGGGGGGGUCCUGUCCUGCUGCCAAAUUUUUCUUUUUAUAGGAAGGAAAUUGGUAAAUUGACAUAAUGAGAAAAAUGCUGAUGAGGUGUCUUCUAUGCGAAGAGAUGGUUUGAGAAUUACUGGCUUACCUGGCAUUCUACACAAGUUCAGCUGCUUUAUAUCAUAGCUUCACCUAUUUGGGGCAACAUUCCAGAGGGAUAUACUCAAGUUUUUUAAGGUCUCAUUUUUCAAUCAACCCAUGUAAUUAAUGGCAAAAGAGAAUAACACAUGCUUUUAAAAAAAAAUGAAUACAUGUGGAAAUCAAUGUUUUUGUACAGCUGUUCCUAACAUAGAAUAUGACACCUUA